CAAACGUGUUGCUUUUCUUCGCGUGUGUGAUGGUUUUGCUUCCGUGAGACUGUUUGUGCUCUCGCGAGAUUAUUGAGAGAUUUGCCUCUAAUUUCUGCAUAUCCUAGUGGAAGGAAUAUUUUAGCAAGCUGUAUUUGUUAUGUUGUAGCUAACUGUAACAGAACCACACUUUAACCAGGUGACCUGCAGAGACUGAAGGCUUGAACGCUGCGUCAGCCUCCUCAAUUCAGAAGAAGAACGAGACUGAAGAAGUAACCAUGGCGGCUUCCGAGGGAAACAAGUUGUGGGGCGGUAGAUUUGUAGGGAGCACUGAUCCCAUCAUGGAGAAGUUCAACGCAUCAAUCUCAUAUGAUCAACGCAUGUGGGAUGCAGACAUCAGGGGCAGUAAAGCCUACGUAAAGGCAUUGCACAAAGCCAAGCUGGUCACUCAGGAGGAAUUGGUGCAUAUUCAGGGCGGCCUUGAUCAGGUUUUGGGUGAAUGGUCCAGUGGUACAUUCCAGAUCAAGCCAGGAGAUGAGGAUAUUCACACAGCCAAUGAGCGUAGACUAAAGGAACUGAUCGGAGAGGCAGCUGGAAAGCUUCAUACUGGCAGGAGCAGGAAUGAUCAAGUUGUGACAGAUAUGAGGCUGUGGUUGCGGGAUGCUAUCACCACUCUGAAGGGAAACACCAUCCAACUUAUAACUACCAUGGUGGAAAGGGCAGCCAUAGAAAUCAACAUCCUUUUUCCUGGAUACACUCACAUGCAGAGAGCGCAGCCAAUCAGAUGGAGCCACUGGAUUCUCAGUCACGCAGUGGCACUGAGCAGAGACGUGGAGCAGCUGGAGGAAAUCAGGAAGCGGGUCAACGUUCUGCCUUUAGGAAGUGGAGCCAUUGCUGGGAACCCCUUCAACAUUGAUAGGGAACUUCUUCGGAAAGAACUCAACUUUGACGGGAUCAGCAUCAACAGUAUGGAUGCAACCGGACAGAGAGAUUUCGUCGCUGAGUUCCUCUUCUGGGGAUCAAUGUGUCUCAUGCACCUCAGUAAGAUGGCAGAGGAUCUGAUCCUGUACAGCACCAAAGAAUUCUCCUUUAUCAAGUCAUCCGAUUUAUACAGCACAGGAAGCAGUCUGAUGCCGCAGAAGAAGAAUGCUGACAGUCUGGAGCUCAUCCGCAGCAAAGCAGGACGAGUGUUCGGCAGAUGUGCAGGUUUUAUGAUGGUACUCAAAGGCCUCCCCAGCACAUACAACAAAGAUCUACAGGAGGAUAAAGAGGCCAUGUUUGACACCUAUGAUUCAUUGCAUGCUGUACUGCAGGUGGCUACAGGUGUCAUGUCUACACUGGAGGUCAAUCAGAAAGCUAUGGAGGCAGCACUCAGUCCGGACAUGCUGGCCACUGAUCUGGCCUAUUACCUUGUCAGGAAAGGAAUGCCUUUUAGGGAAGCUCAUAGCUGCUCCGGAAAAGCUGUCUAUCAAGCUGAGUCUAAAGGUGUCCCACUAAACAAGCUUACUGUGGAAGACCUCCAUACUGCCAGUCCUCUGUUUGACAGUGACGUGUCCUCAGUGUGGGACUACACAAGCAGUGUGGAGCAGUACAGCGCCCCGGGUGGCACAGCACGGAGUAGUGUCACGGCACAGAUAGAACACAUGAGAGCCUGGCUGAAGGUGCACAGUGUAUAACUGUAAUGGUAACCCUCACAAAGUUAGAACCACAAACAUUAGCACAUUUUCUAAACCAUGUUGUUUUCAAGCUUUAUCACAUCCAACAGAUUCAUUGUCAAAAUACUUUCUGUUUAAAAUUUACUGUAGGGAAACAUACAGUACAACAUACCUGGGAGAGUGACUGCUAUUAUUAUUAUUAUUAUUAUUAUUAUUAUUAUUAUUAUCAGCAAUAAUAGAUGAACAAGGAAAUAAACAAACUCUAAAAUUUAGUAUUUUGAGUAGUUUUUGAGUUUGAAUGUUGAGGACUUUUAGUUUUGUUUUUUUAAAUAAACAUUAACAUAUAUCAUGUAUCACAUAAUUGGCAUUAAAAAUAAUCAACAUAGAUUUUUUUCAAGAGCCUCAUCAAACUGAAAGACAUACUCUACCGAAGAUAUAAUGUCACAGCACACGACAUGUAUAUGACUUAAAAUUCCAGCAGCCCAAUAUAAAACUCCUUCCCACAUCCCUACUGUUGUUAACACAUGACUUUGCAUCUCCUUUCUUUAUACAUUCAUCUUAAAUCAGAACAUUUUGUUUAUUUCUAGCUAUAAUUCUGGUGGUUUGGGGGAAUUUUGGGCUUUCUUUAAUGUGGAAUUUUGGUACAAGUUUUUAAUCAUAGUGGGGUACAAAAAUAUUCUGUUGUCUUGCACAGCAUUGUUUUGCAUAUUGCCAACAAAUGAAUAAACAGUUUUUUUUUUUUUUAAAUGUGCUCAAGAGUACUAGAGUAUUUACUGUAUUCUCUGAAAAUGUGUGUGUUUAUCCUGAAAUUAUAAAGACAAUACAAAUACAUUAUGUGAAUAUACCCUCUAUGAGCUCAAAUAUACAGAGGAGAAACAGACACAGAAUUACUGGUUCUGAUGAUGUACAGGAACAUGCCAUGGAUUUGUACACUAUGCGCCCAUUUAGCUUCUGCACUGGGCGGAAGUUGUCAAUCAUGGGCUUUCCCUUCUUGAACCACAUCUGCUUUGUUACGUUCACCAACUGUGGAACACAGACAAACAAAAAUGGUGGUGAGGACUGGAGGUAUCCUUGUGGUGGUGAGGUAUUUUCCUAUGCUAAUGAUGCUUUCUGGUAAAACACUUGUCAUAUGCCUAAUCAUAUAUGAAAUUUGCCAUUCAAUAUCCAUGAGAGCAUGCUCAAAACUACGAUCCCCAAGGGUUAUAAAUGGCUGUGGUCCAUUUUGAAGUGAUGACUUCAUGAGUAAGCUGUCCUGCCUCCUAAGGCUACACCCUACACCAUGAGAAAAUAUAGGCACAAUAAUGUAAUUUUAGGGCUGUUCAGUGGGUAGCAUGGCCGCAUCAAAGCUCCAGGGUCCCUGGUUCAAUUCUGAGCAUGGGUUGCUGUCUGUGUGGAGCUUCACAUGUUGUCAAUGUCUGUGUGGGUUUCAUCAGACAUCUCUGGUUUUCACACAUGCCGGAGUUGCUUAUGCUAAAUUGUUCAUGUGUGCAUGGUCCACUGUGAUGGACUAAUGUCACAUCUAGCUUGUAUUCCUGCCUUACGCUAUCCCAGCGUUACUGGGAUAAGCCACCACUAUCUUGACCAGGAUAAAGUGGUCACUGAAGGUGAAUGAACAUAACAGAAUUUUUCCAUGGUGGAGAUGUUUUCUUAUCUCUGACACAUACUUAAAUAAGAACAAAUCUCUCAGUUUAAUAAUGAAUGAAUGGACUAAGCAGCAAAAACUUCACUAUGCUGUUGCUGGUCACAUUUAGUAUGCCACUUGCCACAAGGUGCACUUGCCUUAACUUUGUAAAUUUACAAAUAGCAUAAAUGACAAAUGGGCGGCUGUGGCUCAGGUGGUAGAGUGGGUUGUCCACUAAUUGUAGGGUUGGCAGUUCGAUUUCUGACCCACAUGACUCCGCAUGCCGAAGUGUCCUUGGGCAAGGCACUGAACCCCAAGUUGCUCCUGAUGGCAAGCUAACGCCUUGCAUGGCAACUCUGCUACCAUUGGUGUGUGUGAAUGGGUGAAUGCGAAACAGUGUAAAGUGCUUUGUAGAACCGCUAAGGUUACAAAAAGUGCUAUAUAAGUGCAGACAUUUACCAUUACCAUUUACAAAUGCACAAGAUACAAGGUACACCUACAGUACAUCAAAGAGCUUAUUUGCUGCAGUGCUUUCUUCUGUUCUAUUCACUGUAGUUGUAAUGUGCUAUUACAAAAUGACUAUAAGUAAUGUUUUCUACUUGAACUGACCAGCAUUUAAAGAUAAGCUUGUUUGUUGU